CAAUUGAUCUAAAUUGAUUAAGAUUGAAAAAAAUGUUAACAAGGAUAGCGAUAAGAUAUCUAGAUAAAAAUAAAUCUCAAUAAAUCGAAAAAAGAAAGUGCUAUCGAAAUGGAAAUGAAAUCAAUUUUUUCCAAGCAAUUUUCUUCUUAAAGAAGAAAAAGAAGAUGGAUGAAUCGCCGAAACUCUUUCGACUUCCGGGAACUAUCGAGGAAGAGGAAAAAGUAAAACAGCAGAGGAAGACAGAAUGUCAAACGAAAGAAUUGCUAGACAACGCGGCGGAAUCUCUUCUUCUAAAUCGAAAAAGCUCAACACUUUCCAAUUUACCAAGAAAUGUCACUCUCAUUAGAAUUAGCACUCAGAGCAGCAGUAUCACUGGCGGUAUUGGUAGACAGGACUCCACCAGGAGUCGAUACCGGGCUGGACCGAUGCGGAAGUUGCGUCGUCGCGCCGUCCUGAAAAAUGGCGAUUGCAAUGUGUUACAAUCACGCAUCUCUCGACGAUCAUUGCGUUUUCUUCAAGACAUCUUCACAACUUUAGUGGAUACACAGUGGCGUUGGACUCUGCUAUGUUUUACCUUGAGCUUUCUUUUAUCUUGGCUGGGUUUUGCAGUGAUUUGGUGGCUAAUAGCUUUCACUCACGGUGACUUCGAAGAGCAUCAUUUGCCGCCUUUUCAAGUAGAAAACAACUGGACACCAUGCAUUUACAAUAUUUUCAGCUUCACUAGUUGUUUCCUCUUUAGUAUCGAAACUCAGCAUACUAUUGGAUAUGGCAGCCGCUCUACUACCGAAGAAUGUCCUGAAGCUAUAUUUAUUAUGUGCCUUCAGAGUAUAGCUGGUGUCAUGAUCCAAGCUUUCAUGGUGGGCAUCGUAUUCGCUAAAAUGACCAGGCCAAAACAACGUACCCAGACUUUGUUAUUUUCGCGAAAUGCUGUGAUUUGUCAACGAGAUGGUGAACUUUGCCUCAUGUUUCGAGUGGGUGAUAUGAGGAAAAGUCACAUAAUUGGCGCGAGUAUACGCGCACAAAUGAUUCGCAAUAAAAUAACCAAAGAGGGUGAAAUUCUAUUUCAACACCAGCAUGAACUGGUGGUAGGUACUGAUGGUGAAAAUGGCGAUCUAUUUUUUAUUUGGCCAGCUACUAUCAUUCAUCGGAUCAACGAAUCUUCGCCCUUCUUCAAUAUGUCCGCCGAAGAUAUGUUAACUGAACGUUUCGAAAUUGUUCUAAUCUUAGAAGGUACUAUCGAAUCUACUGGACAAACUACUCAAGCAAGGUCUAGCUAUCUUCCACAAGAGAUUCUAUGGGGCCAUCGUUUCGAUCCCAUUGUAAGCUACUCAAAAGAACGACAAGGUUAUGAGGUAGACUAUUCACUGUUUAAUAGUACCACUCAGGUUGACACUCCAUUGUGCUCUGGCAGGGAGCUUGCAGAAUUUUAUAAGGCGCAGAAUGAUCUUCGUCAUGGAACUGAUGGAAGUCUAAAGAAAAUCUCUAGCGAGCCGAAGAAUGUUCCAAUUGUGCUCAAUAUGCUCCCUCAAGCAGAUAGCACAGGUUUUCUCAUCCAUCAAGAUCGCUCUUCUCAGAAACCGUCCAAACUGCAUAUUGACAUUCCAUCUAUCGAUGAUGGUCCUGGAGUAUAACUUAUGUCGGCCAGAAAAAAUUAAAAUAAAAUAAGAAAAAAGAGAAAUAGAAAUAGAAUCACAAAAGAAGAGAAUGAUAUAGAAACAACACAUAUGCACGCGUAUUCCUCAUCAUACAAAAAUUUGAAUAAUCCUUUUUCUUGUUUCAUAAAGAGUAAGUUGUGUAUUUAUGUUAUAGAUUAUAUAACUAGAGAAGAUUAAUUACAUAUAAAUAAAUCAAUUAAAACGAUCUUGAUAAUACGUGUAUUUGAAAAAUUUAAGUUUUAAAAUAAGAACUGUAAUUCUUAGUAUCACAAUUUAUUAAACAUUGGCAUAUAUUAUGCUGAUUCUACAAUGAGUCAAUAAUUCUAAGUCUUAUUGGUGAAGUUAAUCUACUGAAAUAUAAUAACUACUAGAACAAGCAUAGUUCUGCUAUUUUUAUUAAGAAUAAUCCGAGAGAGAGUUUCAAAUGGUAUCUUCCUUUUCUAACCUAUAGAUAGAUAUAAUUGCGCAUGUGCGGAUAAUGAUAUUAAUUUUUCGGUGCGCGAAAUUUUAAAAUUAAUGUUUCGUUAUCAAUGUUAACGUCAUUAUCGCAUUUACUAUCAAUCAUUGUAUUAACCCUUAUGAAAAACAUUCUCAAUUUUGAGUUGCAUUAAAUACUCAAAAAGAACGCUCAAAUUUGGAUUAAACACCAUUUAAAACUGUUCAAAUUUUUGUGUGAUUUCGGACCGUCAACUUGAAAGUUACACUCAAUUGAAAGUUAAUGCUCAAAG